UAUGUACACCAGAGGGGAACCCCAAUUCGAAAUUGAAGAAGCACACCACCACCUUGGCAGCCCUGGUCUCACUAUCGCAUAUCGGCCACCCCGAUUACGAUUACUUACCUCCAGCCCUCUCACGGGAAGAAACGUGCUCGCUCGCCGUGCUCUGUUCUGACGAAAUUUUGCUUUAAUUUGACAAUUGUUCGUGUUAAAUUGCAGAAGUAGAAUACAACCCAAGCCAAGAUGCUGCGUGUACCCAAGUUUCUGCCUCGUCUCGCCCGCCAGGUCGGCGUUGCUCCGACGAACCUUUCCGGAGCUUCUGGCAUAUUCCGCACUCUGCCAGGUGCUAGCAAUGGAUUAUCGAGUCAGAUGCGUUACAAGUCUGGCGAGGUCAAAGGUGCUGUUAUUGGUAUCGAUCUGGGAACCACCAACUCCUGCUUGGCAGUGAUGGAGGGUAAACAAGCAAAGGUUAUCGAGAAUGCCGAGGGUGCCCGCACCACGCCCUCCCAUGUCGCCUUCACCAAGGACGGCGAGCGUCUGGUGGGCAUGCCCGCCAAGCGUCAGGCGGUGACCAACUCUGCCAAUACCUUCUAUGCCACAAAGCGUCUGAUUGGCCGUCGUUUCGAUGACCCCGAGGUGAAAAAGGACAUCACCAACCUGUCAUACAAGGUGGUCAAAGCUUCCAACGGCGAUGCCUGGGUAUCGGCCACCGACGGAAAGGUCUACUCUCCCUCACAGAUUGGUGCUUUCAUCCUGAUCAAAAUGAAGGAAACCGCCGAGGCCUACCUGAACACCCCCGUCAAGAACGCCGUGGUCACCGUGCCCGCCUACUUCAACGACUCCCAGCGCCAGGCCACUAAGGAUGCUGGUCAGAUCGCCGGACUUAAUGUGCUGCGUGUGAUCAACGAGCCCACCGCAGCUGCUUUGGCUUAUGGCAUGGACAAAGCCGAGGACAAAAUCAUUGCUGUUUAUGACUUGGGUGGCGGCACCUUCGAUGUCUCGAUCCUGGAGAUCCAAAAGGGCGUCUUCGAGGUCAAGUCCACCAAUGGUGACACUCUGUUGGGAGGUGAGGACUUCGACAAUGCCAUUGUUAACUUCCUGGUUGGCGAGUUCAAGAAGGAUAGCGGCAUUGAUAUCCGCAAGGACAACAUUGCCAUGCAGCGCCUGAAGGAGGCUGCUGAAAAGGCCAAGUGCGAGCUGUCCUCCUCCCAGCAAACCGACAUCAACCUUCCCUAUCUGACCAUGGACGCUGCUGGACCCCAGCACAUGAACCUGAAGAUGACCAGGGCCAAGCUGGAGAGCUUGGUUGGCGAUCUGAUCAAGCGCACCAUCCAGCCCUGCCAGAAGGCUCUGUCCGAUGCCGAGGUCUCCAAGUCUGAGAUCGGAGAGGUGCUUCUUGUCGGCGGCAUGACCCGCAUGCCCAAGGUGCAGUCCACAGUACAGGAGCUGUUCGGUCGCCAGCCCUCUCGUUCCGUCAAUCCCGAUGAGGCCGUUGCCGUCGGUGCCGCUGUUCAGGGUGGUGUGUUGGCUGGCGAUGUUACCGAUGUGCUUCUCCUCGACGUUACUCCCCUGUCGCUGGGUAUUGAGACCCUGGGUGGAGUAUUCACCCGCCUCAUUUCCCGCAACACCACCAUCCCCACUAAGAAGUCGCAAGUCUUCUCGACGGCCAGCGAUGGCCAGACCCAGGUGGAGAUCAAGGUCCACCAGGGAGAGCGCGAGAUGGCCAAUGACAACAAGCUUCUGGGCUCUUUCACGCUGGUGGGCAUUCCUCCAGCACCUCGCGGAGUGCCACAGAUCGAGGUUGUGUUCGACAUUGACGCCAACGGUAUUGUGCACGUCUCGGCCAAGGAUAAGGGCACUGGCAAGGAGCAGCAGAUUGUCAUCCAGUCAAGCGGCGGUCUGAGCAAGGACGAAAUCGAGAACAUGAUCAAGAAGGCCGAGGAAUACGCCAGCGCCGACAAGAAGAAGCGCGAACUGAUCGAAAUUGUUAACCAGGGCGAGAGCAUAGUCCACGACACCGAGACCAAAAUGGAGGAGUUCAAGAGCCAGCUGCCCGCCGAGGAGUGCGAGAAGCUGAAGAAGGAGAUUGCCGAUCUGCGCACGUUGCUGGCCAACAAGGAGACCGCCGACCUUGAGGAGGUCAGGAAGGCUACCUCCCAACUGCAGCAAUCGUCCCUGAAGCUCUUCGAGAUGGCCUACAAGAAGAUGUCUGCUGAGCGCGAGAGCAAUGCCGGAUCCGGUUCCACCGACAGCAGCAGUUCCAGCGACACUUCUGGCGAAGCCAAGAAGGAAGAAAAGAACUAAAUUAGGCAACCAUAGUCAUAGUUGUUGUUCCCUUAUUUAAUAAUAACCGCUUUUGGAUUUCGAUUAAGUUCUACGUUAAACACGAAUACACCGUCAUAUUCCUUUUACCGAA